AUGCGGAACGCGUCGGCGGUGACCGAGUUCGUCCUGCUGGGCCUCCCGUGCACAGAGGGCCUGGAGACGGAGCUCUUCGUCCUCUUCCUGUCCUUCUACACCCUCGCCCUCGCGGGGAACCUGCUCAUCCUCCUGGCCAUCGCCUGCUCGGCCCAGCUCCACACGCCCAUGUACUGCUUCCUGUGCGAGCUGGCCCUGUGCGACCUGCUCUUCCCCUCCGUGAGCACCCCCGAGCUGCUCUUCUACCUCUCGGGACACAGCCACGCUGUCUCCUAUGCGGGCUGCGCGUCCCAGCUCUUCUUCUACCACUUCCUGGGCUGCACCGAGUGUUUGCUGUGCACGGUGAUGGCCUAUGACCGCUUCGUCGCCAUAUGCCACCCUCUGCGCUACCGGAUGAUCAUGAGCCACAGGGUGUGCGCCGUCCUGGCCGUGGGCACGUCGUUCUUUGGCUGUGUUCAGGCCACCUUCCUAACCACUCUCACCUUCCGGCUGCCCUACUGCGGCCCCAAUGAGGUGGACUAUUUCUUCUGUGACAUCCCCGUGAUGCUGAAGCUGGCUUGUGCGGAUACGUCCGCCCUGGAGACGGUGGGGUUCGUCAGUGUGGGCCUCAUGCCGCUCAGCUGCUUCCUUCUCAUCCUCACCUCCUACAGCCGCAUCGUCUACUCCAUCCUGCAGAUCCGCUCUGCGCAGGGCCGCCAUCGGGCCUUCUCCACCUGCAGCGCCCACCUGACGGCCGUCCUAGUGCUAUACAUGCCCGUGGUCCUGAUCUACCUGAGGCCAACCCCAAGUCCCUGGCUGGACGCCGCCGUUCAGGUCCUCAAUAACCUGGUGUCCCCCAUGCUGAACCCCCUGAUCUACAGCCUCAGGAAUAAGGAGGUGAAAUCUUCUCUGAGGAACGUCCUCCAUCGACUGGGCUUUCUUCCUGAGCGGUGGUAG